CGUCGAACUCUUAUCGAACAGCUCGAACACUUUAAACGUGUAGAUUCGAACCGAGGAAACUCUCCUAUCUUGGGGCAGCACGAGCGGGCCGUAGAAAAAUCGAGAAGGAGAAAGUCUUUGAAGGGCUCGGUUCGCAGGCGGUAGAGGGGUUGUGGAGGGGUUAAACUGUAAACGCCUUUAGACGUAUAUACGGUGUCGUCCAGUCAUCGUCGGUGUUGUUUCGUGUCGCAAGAGAGCACGUCAAAUCACGUCGCAAGACGCGAACGGUGCGCUUCCUGUAAGAACGUUACUUCGUUAUUUUCGACCCGCCCUAUACGUGCUUGUGUGUCGUGCGCGCGCGCGUGGUGUGUGUGUGUGUGUGUGUGGCGAGUGCGUCGCGUGUAUGUAUGUAUGUGUGUGUGCGUGUAUGUGUGUGUGUGUGUAUAUAUAUAUUUCUGUGCGCGAUUCGUGGAGGGCUACGAUGGAAUACGUGCAGAUAAAGGAUAUCCGUGCGGGGCAGAAGAACAUCAACGUAGUGUUUAUCGUUUUGGAGGUUAGCCACCCUACCAUAACCAAAGAGAACCGCGAAGUUCGAACGUUCAAAGUGGCCGAUAGCACCGCCUGCAUGAACGUCUCCAUCUGGGACGAACCUGGGCAGCUCCUGAUGCCGGGUGACAUUGUACGGCUGACCAAGGGUUACGCGUCCAUCUGGAGGCAAUGCCUGACCCUUUAUUCGGGUAAGAAUGGUGACAUCCAGAAGAUUGGCGAAUUUUGUAUGGUGAUCAACGAGCAAGUGAACAUGAGUGAGCCGAAUCCGAUGCUGGUGCAACAGCUUGUUAACCGGGAUCAGAGUGGCUCGGGCCCGCCCAGCAGCAACGUCAACAACAGCAUCACCAACAACGGCAAUGCCAACAGUAUCUCGGGUCAACCAGGACGGCAGCCUUUGGUACAUAACUCAUUAAGAACCGUGACGAUUCCGUCGGCGAGUCAGCGCGGCACUGCGCGGCACGAAUUUUUGCAAGUCAAAGUAACACAACAACUCCUGGUAGCGGAUCCGCGGCAAGUUCGACGACCGCAAAGAGCGGAAACGGCGGUAGUGGAAGCAGCGGCAACGGCGGCAACACCACCAGCAGCGGUGGAAGCAGCGGCGGCAGCAGCGGCGGCGGUUCAGGACUAUCCGGUACCUCGGUGCGAUACUCCUCGUCGGACUCGACGACGAAGUCGGCGCCGACGACCAAGAGCAACUCGCGCGGACGCGGCAGCUACAGGAACGGCGGUCGUAGCGACCGGAGAUAACACACGAGAAGGAAGCGGGUGAUCAUAUGCGUGUAAACGAGGGAACGAACGAAUAAAGCGCGCGACAGAUCUGUUUGACUUGUUAUACACAGUUUUUCUGUUUUUUUUUUUUUUAAUUUUAGGUUUUGAUGCGCGUUUUUUAAAUCAGGAAGUUACUUACAUGUUAGUAGC